ACUAUCAUUGACUCGUAAGAAAUACCUGAAGAAGCACUAAUAAACUGUCCGACUUUGUUUUUCUUCGCUCUAGUUGAGAUUACAGACAUCCUGCCAAGAUGUUCUCUACAAAGCCCAGACUUGUCGUACCUUAUGGCCUCAAGACGCUGCUCGAGGGAGUCAGCAGAGCCGUCCUCAAGACCAAUCCACCCAACAUCACCCAGUUUGCAGCAUUUUAUUUCAAAGAACUUAUUGUGUUUAGAGAAGGGAACAUUCCUCUGGAUAUAAAAGAUCUGGUUAGACAAUUUCAUCAGAUUAAAUUUGAGAAAUGGUGCGAAGAAAGGACAGAAGAGAAGCCGCCAGAGUUCAUAAAAGAACCAGGAGAAGCAGCUGCCAUUCCCAAAGAGCCGACCCGGGUGGAGAAGUCCACGGACACGGAGGAGGACCACAUCUUCAGACCCCAGUUCAUCCACAAGACCACGCAGUUCCCGUCCGUGUAUGCUGAGCAGCAGCCAGAGCCGGAGGACACAAGCAAGGCAGUCCGUCCACCCAAGCCAUGCACCCCUAAGACUACCCCCACCUCGUCACCAUCCCCGGCUGACGUCCCACCAGAGUUUGCCUAUGUCCCCGCCGACCCCGCUCAAUUUGCUGCUCAGAUGUUAGCAAUAGCAACAAGCGAAGCAGGACAGCCACCACCAUAUUCUAACACGUGGACCCUUUACUGUCUAACUGAUAUGAAUCAACCAAGCCGCCCAUCACCGCCACCUGCACCUGGGCCUUUCCCCCAGGCCACUCUCUAUUUACCUAAUGCUAAGGAUCUGCAGAGUCCACCGAAAGUCACUUCUCCAACUUACGUGAUGAUGGACGACAGCAAGAAGGCCAGUGCCCCGCCUUUUAUCCUAGUAGGCGCCAAUGUCCAGGAAGCGCAGGACUGGAAGCCGCUUCCCGGGCACACGGUCGUGUCCCAGUCAGAUACCCUGAAGAGAUACGCAACAGUCCAAGUGCCCAUUGCCGUUCCUGCAGAUCAGAAAUUCCAGAAACUCCCCCGACAUGCCCAGAGUGCUAGUCCUCCUUCCAGUGGACAAGAAGGUCCCCGGCCACAGAGCCCAGUUUUCCUUUCUCUCGCUAUCCCGGUAGAAGAUGUAGCCAAAAAGUGUUCAGGAUCUGGGGACAAACGUACCCCCUUUGGAAGUUACGGUAUUGCUGGAGAGAUAACCCUGACUACUGCCAAUGUCCGCAGAGCAGAACCCUAAUGCCACAGAUGCUGAAAACGAGGCUGUCUGAGUCGAUGUUCAAGGUGGAGUCUGCCACUACGCGUAAUGUAUCAGUAAACUUCAUGCAGCAGAACGCCUCGUGCUCUCGCUUCUUUGUUACUUUAGGAGGCAUACAAGCAACUGAACACAGAGGCCUAACAUUUUCUCAGACUUGUGACAUAAUAGCAUUUGCCAACUCAUGUCGACAUUGUACAGAGAAGUGCUCACCCAGGCGUUUUCCUAGUCCGUGUUCCCGUUGGCAUUUCUGUAUUUGGCAUUCACACCAAAUGAAGUAGCACCUGCCAUAGCCCUGUUUCCCAGAGAAACACCUACUAAG